GUGAGAUAGGUAGGUAGGCAGAUAGGUUGGCUGCUACGCGGUGGUCUAGCAGGUUAGGAGUAAUUGGCUCGGCAGGCCUUCAUUUCUUGAAGGAUGAGUAACUAGAUACCCCCCGAACUUUGUAUAUGCAUGGAUUAACCCACUUACACUGUCAAAUACGCACCUAACAGGUAGGUAUACAGAUAUUUUUUUACUUGAUUUGACCGGGGUUUAGUAUGACGGGGGAAGUGUGUGUGUUCUUCCCUCCUUCCCCCCGUUGGUCCCGUAUUUUAAACCAUCGCGAACAAUUCAACACGGCCCCACACUCGGGGACUCUGGUCCAUCAAUUUUCCAAUCCUUUUUGACUCUUCUCUCAUAUCUCUACUCACCCUGAGGAAGUUUCAUUCGCUCCGGGCAUCCCUCAACCAUCAGAGCCCAUCCUCCGGGAAGUCUUGGUCUUCCCUUGCCUGCAACAUCAGUCUUGGAACUCGAGUCGACGCAUUCUAAGAUCAUCGGGUUUGAUUUUUUAAUUCUGACUAUCAAUUCCUUCAUCGAAAUACGAUUCUCUUGUUUCUUAUUGGUAUUCCCUCACAUUUCACACUAGAAGCCCACGCAUAUUCGUCUCCUUGAUCAUGCUCAUCGGUAAGAAAAAAAAAAAACAUUUCCACCAUUUAUUUCUUCGCUGACUAGGAUCUCACAGUUCCCAAGAAAUACCACAGUCAACUUCUAUCACGAUGUUCAGCCUAACCGACCUUUUCGAAACGCUUUCGGACGAAUUCAUACAAGAAAUAGUCGAAUGGAUUGCAACGUCUUGGGAUCCGCAGAAGCAGGCCUACGUCCUGAGCGUAAGAGAUCUCGCAAACUUGUCUUAUGUCAAUCAAGACGUACACAAAUACGUCAACCCGAUUCUCUAUCAACGUGAGAGUGAAACACACGGCCGGCCCGACUUUCUGCAUUACGCGCUCCGUCAUAACAAUGUAAAUGUCCUGAGAAUUGCUCACGAAGCAGAGGCGCUGAGAUUUUGGUGGAAUUGGCAAGAUUUAAUGACUGAGGCCAGCAUUCUUGGCCAUUACGACAUUAUUGAAUGGGCGCUCAACCAGGGGUUUGCAAGGGAUGAAUUAGCGGAGAAGUAUGAGGACAAAGAGUUGGGCACCGUCACUGACGAUAACACGUCAGAUCUGGGAAUGGCAAUUGGCUUCGGGCACAAGGACAUCGCGAUGCUCCUGAUCCGCCGAGGUGCCAAUACUCUCCUCGCAUACACCUUUCCGGAGCCUAUGGUCUACGACUCAGCCCUCCACCUCGCAGUGGUAGUUGACAUGUUUCAAUUGGUAGAGUACCUUGUGCUCGAGAAAGGAAUAUCCGUCAACGUACAAUAUUGGGAGAACAAGAGCCCUUUAUAUCGCGCGAUACCGGAGUACAAGACCGGUGAAGACCCAGCGACCACGGAAUUCAAGGGUAUCCUCAUGCUUAAGAAGCUAAUCAGUCUUGGCGCCGAUAUUAACCACGAGGCUAACGGUCUUCUCCCCCUUACCUUCGCGCUCCAGCGAUACAGGUACGCCCACGCAGCCACGCUUCUCAAUGCCGGAGCAAAGCUCAGGCCCGACCGUCCAUAUCCCGGUGUUCCUUUCCCCAUCCAAGCAUGCGUCAUGCUUCCGUUCGAGAUACGCGCCCUCCUCGAUAGGCAACGCAAGAUGUUCGAAUGGCUCGUCGAGUUGGGUGCUGACAUUGAGGAAUGCUACAUUGACGGACAUUGUACACUGAUCACUGCGUUUUUGUGCGGAGUAGAACCGAUACGCCGCCAAGCUCUUGAGGCCUGUAGAGAACGAGACCGUCAACGCGAAUCCACAGCUACCUGAACAGACUCCUUGAUUCCCGUGGCGAAACGAGACCAUACACCAGAGUUCACGAUCCUGUCCUGCACUUUGAUGAACGCUUGGCAACCUUUGAAGGCGCAUACCCGCGGAGGUACCUUCUGAGAUCCUGUAUGUAGCAUAGUAGCAGUGUCACAGGGAUAGAAAAGAAAUGGAAAUAAUAAAUGGUAUCUAUCAUGAAAGAAUUUGGAUGAUAAUGUCCGUGAAGCAGACAGU